AUGCCCCAGCUACCCAUACUCCCUUCUUCCACCACAAUGUCUGACGAUACCGCCGACGUCUCCUCCUACGGCUACACCCCCACUGCCUGGGUCGCCCUCACCUUUGUCUGUGUCUUUUCAGCCUCCGAAAUCGUCCACUUCGCCCAAGGGUUUUUCUACAAGUACUACCUCGUCUUUCCCACCCUCAUUAUCGGGUGUACCCUCGAAAUCAUUGGAUGGGCAGCUCGAUACUGGAGCAGUCAGAAUGUGCUUGCCCGUGAGCCCUUUUUGAUGCAGAUCAUCACCCUCAUCUUUGCGCCCGUCUUCUUCUCUGCCUAUUGUUACACCAUCCUCGGCGUGGCCAUCAGAGCUCUGGGCCCGCAAUACUCUCGCCUUUCCCCCAAAUGGUAUGUCGCUGUAUUCGUCUCGUGCGAUUUCAUCUCCCUCAUCCUGCAAGCUAUCGGCGGCGGCUGGGCAGCCUCCACAGACGUAUCCCCCGUACCCCAUACACCGACCAAUAUCAUGGUCGGCGGUAUCAUCUUCCAGCUCGUCACCAUGAUCAUCUUUUCCUGCCUCGCCGCCGACUUUAUGUGGCGGGCGCAUACUAGAAAGCCUAUCGAACGACGUGCUGCCGCCAUUCAGCAGCAGGAGUUUGAGUUGGCAGAUGCGGAGGCUGCUCAAAAGGGGAGUUUGAGGGAUAGUCGGGCAUCUUCCGUUGAGGACACUUCUGUCAGACAACGUGAAGUGCGGGGUUGGUGGUUCGUCAUGCUCGGUGUCGCCAUCUGCAGUAUCUGCAUCAUCCUCCGAGGCUUCUACCGUUCUUUCGAGCUCGUCCAAGGAUGGGAUGGGUAUCUGGUAAAGCAUGAGGUGUACCAAGAUGUGCUUGAUGGUAUCCCCAUGAUCAUCGCCAUUGCGUCAGUCAACAUUUUUCAUCCGGGCUUCUUCCUUCCCAGGCGACAAGGAUGGAAAAACCUCUAG